GAGUCCCUUGCCUUUUGCGAACGUGAAUAUGCGUGGUGGCCCAAGCGGCUAAAUUUCUUUUCGACGGACGCUAAAUACGCUCUCACGAUCAAACUGACUGUGACAUCUUAUGUCGGUGUCGAUUGGUGGAACUGAAGUGGCUCUGACACGCAUUCUCCAAGAUUGACUUUGGCGUUUGUACCUGACCUCGGACAGAUAUCAGAUAUCUCUCCACCAAUCUCGUCGUUCAUCCUCGCUAGCGCAGCACCGUUGCAGAUGUUAUAACGAGAAGGAACAGACUUCUCGAGGGCCAUCUGUCAUGCUGCAGCGCGCCACGAGGUGGAUGUGCUCAGGGACACGAGGAUUGGUGGCAAUAACUCGUCCUGUCCAAAGUAAGUACAGCCGUGCCGGCCUGCCUGUCAAGAUUUUCAUGCAGAGAAACCGAAACGGAAAUGUGCAUCUUGGUCAAGGGCGCUUCUCUCGAUGGCUUGGUGUAUAAGAAGCGCCUGUUGAGAGAGGCAGACGCUGUCCUACACUGCCAUCAUGUCGUCUGUCCUUUCUCUGACCCCGCUCCUUCUCCUUCCAUUCGUUCUUGGUGCCGACGUUCGAGUCCUCUCAAGACAGACCAAUCCCGCCAACCUCCCCGCGAACUGGUCCCUGGCCGGAUGUUUCACGGACGUCUCGGUCGCGCGUACCCUCGCCGCGUCGUCCACCGCCGGCCCGAAUAUGACCGUUGCUAGCUGCAUCAACUUCUGCGCGGGGGAGGGAUACAUCUUCGCUGGGGUGGAAUUCGGCGACGAAUGUUAUUGCGACUCCACGAUCCAAAUCCCCGGCGGGAAAGCCCCGCUCACGGACUGUACAGAGCCCUGCGCCGGCGACCACAGCGAGAUCUGCGGCGCGUCCGGCAGACUCUCGGUCUACACCAGUGGCGCGCCGAGUCCCGUGCUCGUGCCAAACCCAGCAGCCGGAUGGACUUACCAAGGGUGUUUCACCGACAAUACGGCCAAUCGGACCCUGCCCGUUCCGAUUAAUGUCCCCGUCGGUGUCACCGCUGAGACAUGCACCGCGGCAUGUAUGUCGGCGGGCAAAUACGUCUGGUCCGGUCUGGAGAACGGGCACGAAUGCUGGUGCGGAAGCAGUGUCGGCGGGAUCGCUGCCCACGUCUCGGACGACGACUGCCGAGCUGUCUGUAGUGCGGACCACACGGAAUAUUGUGGUAACGCGAAUCGGCUCGCGUUGUACGGCUUCACCUCGGCAGACGCACCGCCUCCACCUCCGCAGACGUGCGAGACCACAGUGAGCAACUUUACGCUUCUUGCUGUGUAUCGGAAUCCGCCGGUGGGAGGUCCGAAGCAAGUCAAUGUCCGCGCUGUGCUCGUCGAGUUGGUCCCGAACACUUUUUGGACGAUUCUGUCGGCUUGUGCGACGUGCUGCUCGGACUGGCCCACGUUCACACUUCAAAACUCUGUCUUUCACCCACACUCCUUCUCGAAUCCUGUGCAGUCGAUGACAUCCAUCGGUGCUGCAGACGGGGAGUCGCCGGCGUUCGUAGCAUCCAGCCCCCCUUUCCCGGGCACUCAGGCAUACUGUGCACAGCAAUCCGCCAUCAACUUGACCUCUCCGCCGCUGCUUUCGUUCGGUGGACAGAGCGACUCGUGGUCGCUGUGCACCAACACCUCGCUCAACGCCAAUGGCCGAAUUGAUCUCGUGCAUUCGCCGGUGACCAAUCAUCCCAACUACCUGUUUUCGUCGUGCAAUGCAGUUGAUCUUCUGGUCAUGCAAAACUGAGCAUAAGUAACUUACUUAGUUCCCUUCCUCCCAUAGACUUGCGGUGUAUAGUAUGUAGUACAACUUGUGCUUGAUCUCUAAGCUACUGCCAUGGCGCUACACCGCCAAAGAGC